AUGGAAUGCCAGAACAUCCGACCCUCUGAUCAAGCCCUCAUCCAUACUCUCCUAGGAUUCAAGGGCGUAGUAAAUGUCGCAUUGCCGCCAAAUCUGUCCCCGUCUAUGUUUCAGUUUCUCAAUGCACUACCGCUGCAACGUUUAAUGGGUUCCAUUGAAUCGUUGCAGUCGACAAUUAUCCCGUCUGUCUUCUCCAGGAUCACCCAUCUACACCUCACAAAUUACAUCUAUGAAUCGACCUUGCUCACCCUUUCCCGUAUGUCUGCCCUGACCCACUUGGCUAUCCGCGAUCGACAAGUCGGCACCAGCACAUGCUCGCGUAUUUUGCAGGGCCACCAACUUUCUAUCCUCGUCCUUCUUUGCUCCUCGCAGAAUGAGGCACAAUUCGCCAUUGCGCGUCGACAAACUCUCCAAGAAGAUAAUCGAUUCGUGAUUAUUGCUGUCCAAGACAUCAUGAUGGACUGGGAGAAUAGCGCAAGAGGCAAAUCAGAUUUUUGGGUAAAGGCAGAAGCUAUUGUCCAGCGAAAGGUCAAGCAAGGGAAAACAACCGUAGUGCAAGAUAUUUCUAAUGAAGCCACGGCUGACCAGCCUGGAUUCGAACUGAAAUUGACAAACGAAAGUGAGUGUUCCACAUAUCUUCGUAGCUCGUUCUAUUCUACCAAGUCGACACCAUCGGCCCAGCAAGCCAACGCGCCAAAGUCAAAGGCUGUCGCAGAAUGGGCUGCAGACAAGGAGCUUGAUCCCGCGGUCGCUCGAUGGGCUUCCACAGCUCGAAACCCACCAGACCGACCAAUACCGGUUCUUCGUGUGCUCGAUAGACCACUAGGAGUCAGGCAGCGACCGACACUGGAGAAGCAGUCCAGAAUGGAUAGAUUCAGAGACAUUUGGUUAAAGGAAGACACCAUCCUCGACGAGCGGAAGCAUCUAAUCAAGGAGCUCAACCGGGGGUACUACACCGACGUCGUGAAAAUAAUACAUCCUGGGCAUAUGGGCAAGACGUGGAUCGCCCCAGAGGUCUUGAUUCGGGAGGAUAAAGCGUUGUACUUGCCCAACAUCAAGGGGAAAGACCUCGAAAAGAAGCAGGAGAAACACACGACAAUAAUGUGCUAUGGCAAAAUUACCCUUCUUGCUAUCGAGUCGACCGAGCUCUCUGUGCUUCAAACGAAGAGUUUCAUCAACUCCAUCCACCCUCUCUUCGAAUCCAACCCUCUAUACCAACGCGUACACAUCAACAUCCAGGAAAACUUCCUCAAAGCGCUAGUCGUAAACAUGUUCAUCCGGAAUCUCCGUGCAAAGGUUCCAAAAGAGCUCUACGGAAACUGCCUUCUGUCCUCCCAGAACAUGGAAUAUCUGCGUGAGCCAAUGGGGCUUGCCAACAAAAUGGUCGGCUACGUGUACCUCAUCGACGAGAACCUCAAAAUUCGGUGGGCAGCGGGAGGAGACGCGACUUCCGCCGAGCUUUCUUCGCUGCAAAGUUGUCUACGCGUUCUGCUCAAGCGCUUAGAAGAGAAGACAAGUAAAGACAAACAAGCAAUGUUGAAAUUAGAUCCACAAAAAAUACAGCCAUGA